GCUGCUGAAGUUGAAAAGCAGUUGAAAAGCCUGUACAUCUUAAAGCAUGGCGGCUGGGGAAUUCUGGGAGUUGUUGGGGAAUUCUGGGAAUUGAAGUCCACAGGCUUAAAGCUGCUGAAGUUGUAAAGCAACAGAGUUUAGGAUGCGUUCAGGGGAAAAGGGUUGGAAUGGUGCAGGAGGAGGUUAGAUUAGAUUAACUGGAAGAGGGGAAAACUACAGCAAAGGGACACACACACACAAUGUUAGAAGGAUGCUUGUAAACUGCGGUGAAGCAGCAGUGAAUUCAAAGAGAAAUUGAACCUUGACAAUAUAAGACAGGCUAUUUAACAUUAAAUCUAUUAUAUAAUUCUUGUGGUACUGCCAAUAAUUCUAACUUUCCCCCUAAGGAGGAGGAUGACUUAAUUUUCUUCCCUUAUAUAUGAAAUCCUCUAUUAUAUAAUAACAGGCCACAAAUGCAAAGGCAGGAUAGGAUCUGAAAGAAGAAGAAGAAAAAAAAUAUUUUGUGUGCUUCAUUGAAGCUAAAAAAAAUUGAGUUCACUAAAAAAAAAAAUAUGAGCGUGUUGCCUUUUCCCGCCCAAAUUUUUAUCUUCCUUCAGCUGAAAAGAGAGCUUCGUCUGAGGCUUAACUAAACAGAAGUGGGGACGGCAGAGUGAGAGGAAAAAAACGAAACAAAACAGAAUUUUAACAAUUGGGCCACUUUUUACCUCCCAAAUAAAAUGAAAAGAGCUUUGAUGCUCCAAAGAAAGGGAAAAGCAGGCAGCCCAUUGUAGGCUAGACUGGAGAGACUGAGAGAUUUGAUAGCCACUUGUCAAAAAUGGUAUAGAGACUCCUGCUUGAGUAGGGGGUUGAAAUAGAUGACCUCCAAGGUUGUGACCCAAAAGCCAGCUCUCUAAAUUAAAAUGGCUACGGCCCAAAUCACGCACAUCGGCCAGAAGCAUAAAACCUUGAAGGAAACGGCCCUCUUUCCAAGCCGAAUUGCUUCUGAGCAAGAAUCCCUGGUUCUGGUGAAAAGGCUGCUUGCAGUUUCAAUUUCCUGCAUCAGUUACCUGCGAGGUCUCUUCCCGGAAAGCUCAUAUGGAACCUGCUAUUUAGAGGAUAUAUAUUUAAAAAUCCUCCGAGAAGAUAAAAGUUGCCAGGGAUCACUUCAAGUAGUUAAAUGGAUCCAGGGAUGUUUUGAUGCACUGGAAAAGAAUUAUCUACAUAUGGCAGUUUUGGCAAUCUAUACCAAUCCCAAAGACCCUGAGCACUUGACAGAAUUCUAUCAGUUCAAAUUCAAAUACACAAAGAAUGGACCUCAGAUGGACUUUACUAGUUCUCAAGUCAGCUUUCACAAUGGAACAAAUAGCAAAGAAAUUAAAAAAGCCAGUAUUCUACUGAUCCGCAAAUUGUAUAUAUUGAUGCAGCAUCUUGGACCCCUACCUAAUGAUAUUACUUUGACCAUGAAACUGUUCUAUUACAAAGAUGUCACACCCAUUGAUUACCAACCUCAUGGCUUCAAGGAAGGCGACAGCUCAGAUGGUCUUCUUUUUGAUGGUGACCCUGUGAACCUCAAAGUAGGAUCUGUUUCCACUGGAUUCCAUGUAUUGAAAGUGAGGGUAACAACAGACAGCAAAAGGAUGGGGAUGCUGGAGAACAGUCUGGUGGAAGAGAAUGGUCCCACUGAAAUCUCCCACCAAGGUUUAGACUGUGAUGAUGAAGAAGAAGAAGAGGACAGCACUAAAGCACCAGAACAGAGGAAGUUUAUGGCUGCUUACGUGGAUAAAAAUAGGAUGUUUGAAGAAAAUGCAGUGUCACAGCACAUGCCCCCUUUGAAUCCAGAUAUAACAGAAACAAUCAGAAAGGAUGGAGCUGAAGAGACAGAGAAAGAAUGCGGUACUAAGACGUCUCACAAAGUCCAAGAAAAAUGUUCUUCUAAAGACACAAUGGAAACCAGAAUGUUCCCAAAGGCCAGAGGGCGGAUCGCGGAUCUUCUCUCUUGUCUCCAUUCAAGGGAAGUGCACAAGGAACAUCUGUCUGGGAGAAGGCAGAGAGCAGGUCUCCAGAAGAUGGAAAUGCCUUUCUGGCCACGUCACUUUUCAAUGGACAUGCUUAUAUGGAAAUAAUUCCACGGAAUUUUUCAUUUCCCCUUUGUGUUUUUCCUUACUGUAUUUGGUUAAAAAAAAAAAGUGAGUCUUUAAACGUAUUUGAGUUUUCUAAAGUUCUUGUGUUUAAUCUAAUGUAAUCUAAUUAAGAUGUAUUGGUUAAUUAACCCAGAGAGGCAUAUCAGUAACCUCUCUACUGGUUGAGAAAUAUUUUCACCCUACCGGUUUAAAAUGAUGAAGAAAGUUAGGCUAAAGAUUCAGCCUAGGCCUGAUUUGAACGCUAGCAGAAUUAAAUACUAAAAUGAACCUCCCAAGACACUUUUCCUCUAACAACAGACAUGUAUGCAAUUGUGGAUGACUAGAAUACUGAGACUUUGAAGGUGUAAUGCUUUCCCUGUGAAGAAUUACAUGAGCCAUUACUGGACCAGCCAAGUGAAUCCAUUUGGUCAUUAAUGGACCAUUACUGGUCCAACAAUAAAUCCUAUCAUCUUAGAGAUCUGCAUCUUAGAGUUCAUUUGUUGAGAAGUGAUUUCUUAGCUUUUCAGAGUAUCUUCUUUUUGUUGUUCUGAUCUCUCUUGUUAAUACAUUCUGGCCUGAUUGUACAGCAUUUUAUCACCUUUUCUGUAGGCUUCCUCUUUGGAAUGACGUAGCUGCUUAAGUUUAGCUGUGAACCAAGGUUUGUUGUUACUGUAUAUUCACAAGUUCCUGGUUGGUACACAUAGGUCUUCACAGAAGCUGACCUGUGUGUUAAUAACUUUAAUCAAAAUAAAACAAUGUUCAAAAGAAAUAGCAGUAGCAAUAGCCCUUAUAUACCGCUUCACAGUGCUUUAUAGCCCUCUGUACGUGGUUUUCAGAAUUAGCCUCUUGCCCCCAACAAUCCUGAGUCCUCAUUUUACCCACCUCGGAAGUAUGGAAGGCUGAGUCAACCUUGAGCCUAGGGAGAUUCGAACUGUCAAAUUUCAGGCAGCCGGCAGUCAGCAGAAGUAGCCUGCAGUAUUGCAUUCUAACCACUGUGCCACCGCAGCUCAAAUAAUGUUUCUUCAGAGAAAAUGUGGUUGAUGUAGCUGCAGUUCUGUCACUGUUGAUGUGUGUAAAAUUGUGUAAAAGUGUAUAGAAUACAUAGAAUUAUUAAAUCUACUCUGGAGCUGAGUGUUUACUGGCCAGAUACCCUUUCUGAUACCUACCUGAACUUUGCAGCAGAUAGUUUCUCUUUGUGCCCUGAUAGAGAAACAUCUGUCCUUGCUUAGGAUUGAACUCUCAACUUUCUGAGUGGGAGGUGAAUAUCUUCACUUCUAGGAUAACACAGUGUAUUCUACCAGGGCUGCGGCAGAAUUCUACAAAAAAAAACAAACAAGCAAAACCUUUAGCUUUUCUGUAAUGUUUUAGAGCAGGGGUCCCCAAACCUUUCUACCAUCAAUUCACUUCCUUUUGUUUUUUCCAAUUUUGACAUUCCUUCAACGAGUGCAUUUUGCUUGACUGAACAUAAAACUCAUCUUCUUUUGUCCUCUUCUCUUACAUCAAUGGUCGGAGCAUAAGCUUGUACAAUUGUCAUGUUUAAGGAUUGCUCACACAAUACUUUCAUAUUUAACAGACAUUUGUGAAUAACAAAGUCUUCUAGUUAGUCCCAUUACAAUGACAUUUUACUGUAAUAGCAUUUUCCAGAUUUCUUGGAUAGUAUCAGAGAUUGAACCGAGGUAAUUUUGCAAGCGCUGUAAUUCUACCACUGAGCGAUAACACGUCCUCAAUGAAGUUACUCAGUAUGGCUGAAACAACAUUGGAAACUAAAUCCUGCGUAGAGUUUAUUAAUUUGUUUUGGAUGAUACUAUAUUUCAAAGAAUGAUACAUCACUCUUCCCUGGUAAGGCAAUCAUAUGAUUCUAUGAAACAUGAUAUCAUACAGGAUUAAAUUAGGACACUGCACGCAGGCUUUUUAGAAUAUGGAAUCAGUAUCUUCACAGAAUUGUGACCCAUUUCCUGCUUUUUCAUAAAAAAAAAUCUUUGAAUUAAUUAACUACCACGUAAACAUAGUCACAAUGACACUUGCAUCAGUUUUACCUACCAUUUUAUAUGUUACAAAUGUUUUCCUUUCUUACAUAAAGUUAUUUUUUUUUAUUUACAAAAAUUCAGAUUUCCGAUCAGGAAUAUGUAAGGGAAAUCAGCAAUUGAGCAACAUUUUGAACACCAGAAAUUCCUUACCAACCAUAUUACACUGGGAAUUUAAACUUGGAGAACAUCCAAUAAUGACAAAAUUACCACCUCAUAUUAAUAACAGAUGUUGGACAAAUUUAAGCAUGAAUAGCUUCCAUGUAUAGCACACAUCACAGUACAUAUUAUGUUGCAAGGCAGAUUUAAGAAUCUAAGAUGCGGGGAAAGAGGAGAAAAGAAAUCACCAAAGAACUAAAAUCAGAAACACUCAAACAUUUUAAAUAAAUAAACUUUAUUGUCAUUGUAUGUGUAUAAACAGUAUACACAUACAACAAAAUUUACUUGACACCCAAAGACCAGGUCCCACACACAUAAUCCCCAAACACACUCCCACCCACCACAAUUCCCCACCCUAUAUACUUAUAUUUGAGGUGGGAUUUGAUCAAUGCAAAAUAAGGUGAUACUACUAUAUUUUACAUGACUUAAAAGAGUAAUUCUGUUGUUGCAAUUUAAAAUUUGAUUAAGCUUUUUGGUGUCCAAUCCCAUUUUUUACUCAUGCAGUAUUCAAUUUAUAACCAGUUUACAAUAAUUUUUCAUUAACACCCAACCACAUAUUUCCCUUCUUGUGCCCCCGCAUUCACUUUCUGUUUCCUAGUAAAUGUUCAUUCUGAAUGUUAACCUCAUCUUUUAAAUAUUUACCAAUUUUGAAUCAUCCAAAAAGUUGGUACUUACUUGUUUUAUCUGUUCACUGAAAAUGUUGAAGAGCUUCAAACCAAAGCUCGUAGUACCACACUCAAUACUUCACUUCAUCAGUGAGCAGUAUAUUAGUGUGAUUGUCAAGUCCAUCCUGUAUCCAUUUGUAAUUAUUGUGUCAUUCAGUCUACAGUUAACUGCUAAUCAAAAUGUGAAAAAAUAUGUUACCCAA